GUCAAAUUGUUUUCCAAACGUUGUUUGCUGUUCUCUAGUGUUAAAAACGUGCGUAGAAGGUUGAGAGAGAAGAGAGAGAGAGAGAGAGAGAAGAGAAGAGAAGAGAAGUAGAGUCCCAAACAAGUCUCGUAGCUGAGAGUUGAGGAUCGGAAUUGUGCCACCGUUUUCUUCAUCAUCUCACCCUCUUCCCUCAGCUACAACCAUAACAUCAUAUUGGCAAUUUGGCACAAACUUAGUUUGCUUCUAUGAGCCAAAUCUUGUGUUUUCUUCAGCUUCAUAAUGGUAUUGAAGAGUUUCUGUGAGAGGAUUGUUGCUGCAAAAUGCUCGUCUAAAAGUUCAACCGAGAUUAUAGAUAAUACUCAGGUGCCUGCUUGUUCAAAAGCAGGGUCUAGUGACAGUAAGUUUCCCAAGGCUUCCUUAUGGUCAAGUGUCCUUACAUCUGGCUUUUCAGUGGUUGAAACAUAUAGUGAAUCAUCGGCUUCUGAAAAGAAAGUAGUUCAUUCUCGAAGUAGUGGGUGGGCAGCUGCUGUGAGGAAAGUUGUUGCCAGUGGCUCAAUGAGGAGAUUUCAAGAACGUGUACUAGGGUCAAGCAGGACUGACAUUUCAAGCUCUGAUGGUGAUAUAUGGCUUCUGGGUGUCUGUCAUAAUAUUUCUCAGCAUGAAUCAACUGGAGGUGUAGAUACAAGUAAUGGUUUGGCAGCAUUUGAGCACGAUUUUUCCUCAAAAAUCCUAGUUACAUAUCGGAAAGGCUUUGACGCUAUUGGAGAUUCAAAGUAUACUAGUGAUGUUAAUUGGGGUUGUAUGCUUCGAAGCAGUCAGAUGCUUGUUGCUCAGGCAUUACUUUUUCAUAAAUUAGGCAGAUCAUGGAGAAAACCUAUUGACAAGCCAUUAGAUAAAGAAUAUAUUGACAUCUUGCAACGUUUUGGUGAUUCGGAGGUUUCUGCUUUUUCUAUCCACAAUCUUCUUCAAGCUGGUAAAGGUUAUGGCCUUGCUGUUGGGUCAUGGGUGGGACCAUAUGCUAUGUGUCGCACAUGGGAAGUUUUAGCCCGUAACCAGAGGGAGACAAAUGACCUUGCAGAACCAGCACUUCCAAUGGCUAUUUAUGUUGUUUCUGGAGAUGAAGAUGGGGAGCGUGGUGGAGCACCAGUUGUCUGCAUUGAAGAUGCCUCCAAACUCUGUUCUGAGUUUUCAAGGGGCCUUGCUGCUUGGACACCACUACUUUUAUUGGUUCCUUUGGUUCUUGGACUUGAUAAAGUCAAUCCAAGGUAUAUUCCAUUAUUGCACUCAACUUUUAAAUUUCCCCAAAGCCUUGGCAUCAUGGGUGGCAAACCAGGUGCUUCAACGUACAUUAUUGGUGUCCAGAAUGAAAAGGCAUUCUACCUUGAUCCACAUGAUGUUCAGCCGGUUGUUAAUAUCAGUGGGGAUACUCGAGAGCCUAAUAGUACUUCAUCAUACCAUUGCAAUGUUAUCAGGCACAUGCUCCUAGAUUCAAUUGACCCAUCCUUGGCUAUUGGAUUUUACUGCCGAGACAAAGAUGAUUUUGAUGAUUUCUGCUCUCGAGCCUCCAAGCUUGCAGAAGAAUCAAAUGGCGCACCGAUAUUCACUGUAGCUCAGUCACGAAGUUUCGCAAUGCAAGUCAGUAGUAAUGAUGUGUCAGGUGACAACACUGGAUUCCAAGAGGAUGAGUCCCUUGUCAAUGAUACAGGAACUAAUGAGGAUGAUUGGCAACUCUUAUAAUUGCCAGACUAAAGUUCACAGUAAAAAAAUUGUUCCUUCAUUCUCAUGAGCCUAAAUGCCACUACAAAUUUGGUUGAUGCUUGGCUUGGGACCCCUACCCUUCAAAAAUUUGUUUAAUAGGCUUGUAGAAAGUAAUUUAAACUCAUUAUGAUUCUUUGGCUUAAACCAUUUGCUCAUUUGUUCAUAUAGCUAACCCGGUAUUUGUUGUACAUUACACGGCUAGUUGGUUCAUAUUUGUUGCCUGUACCCUUUAUUGGCUACAAAAAUGUAGUGGAUAAUAAUGUGGACUAUCAAAUAAAUGGUGUAAAGUAGUUCAUGUUGAGAUGGAAUGCUUUCUUAAAAUUGACAUACUAUAAACUAAUCACUUGAGUCCCCUUUGA